CAGUAUGGAUCUGUUUCAAUCGUGUCUUGACCUGCUCAUGGCAUCAAAGGACACAUUAACAGCAGCUCUCUGUUGGCUGCUAUUUUAUCUUGUCAACUAUCCUGAUUGGCAGCAAAGUCUCCACCAAGAGAUUAUGAAGGUGUGCGGUGCAUCCGGCUACCCAUCGUACAGCGAGCGCAGUCGCCUGCCUCACGUGCAGGCGUUCAUAUCAGAGGUGCUGCGGCACGCCAGUGUUGUCUGCGUGCCCCCGCAGCACAUGCUGAAAGUUGGUGCCACCACACUGCAAGGUUACGACAUACCUGCCAACGCCCAGGUCUGUGCUAAUCUGUGGGCGGUGCAUCACGAUGAGUCAUUGUGGCUCAACCCACACAGAUUCUCUCCCGAUCGCUGGCUGACCCCCCAGGGAGAGUAUACAGAGUGCAGCACACUCAUUCCCUUCUCUAUUGGACAAAGACUCUGUGUUGGCUCUCAAUUGGCUGAGAUGGUGAUAUUUCUAUUCCUGACAACAUUAGUGCAGGACUUCACAUUCAAGCCACCAGAGGGGGUGCAUGACCUUCCACUGGAUUCUACUUAUAGGCUGGCGAGAUCUCCACUGCCAUUUGAUCUGAUAGUUGAAUGCAGAAAGUCAAAUUAACUAAACACACAUACAUGUAGAUGACUUAACAUAGCGUUACAUCUGUUACUGUGUACAGUUUGUGCACGUGUAUGUAUGUGCAAACUUUUAAAGUGCAAUAAUGGUAAUUCUUAAGGACAGAUUCAGGGUUGCAGGUGAAAUUUGGUCAAAAUAUCAACGGUACCCAUUUUAUUUGAUAGAUGCAGCUAUGCAUGUGUUGAUUAAUAAGUAUGUGGUCUCCCAAACAGUUCAAAAUCCCCUCUGUAUGCCAACCUGGCUGGCUGUGCAAGCCUCGGUUUGCCUUUUAAACACACAACUCUAAUGUUGUUAGUAAUGCUGCAGUUGCAGAUGUUUCAAUAUCGAUUCUCAGAACUCACAACUCCGAUUCGAAAGAUUUUGGUUCUGUUUCAAUGCUAACACAUAAUGGAGUAAAGGGCUCUCUGGAUUUUUUAUGAAAGAUUAUAUUUUAGAAGUUUUGGGUCUUUAUUUACAUUAUUGUUGUGUCAUAAAAACAUUAAAGAUUUUCGUGCAUCUUUUCAACUUAUUUCUUGCAAUUCCAUGGACCCUUUACUAGUGCAUACUAUGAACAACUUAUGGCUAAACAUUUAGGUUCCAGCCCUUUGCUGUUUCUGAGAAAUGUUGAUAAAAGCAUUUUUUUUCAUAUAAAUUUACAAUUUGUGCUGUCACGUAAUUAGCGAUGAGGUUUCUGUGAUAAUUUUCAUGGUGAGUGUAGAGCGACUCCUCGGUUAUUAAAUAGAUGUGUGUUUGAUUGGAUUUAAUGAGCAGUCAUAUUGUAGUGCCCUUCAUAGCCCGGGUACCUGUCUGUAACCCUGAGUGUAUCCUUAAACAAGAGAUACUCCCAGACGUCACAUGUAGAAUGCCAUAAUGAAGUAUUGCCAUUUCUUGCAUAUAAACAUGUGCCUUAUCUUAUCUUAUAUUAUCUUAGCCAAUAAAUAGUAUGAUCUU